GCUACACGCUCCACGGCCCGAUCUUCAAUUGUGACCCACAUCCAGGCAACAUCCUCGUCGAGAAGGACACAGGCCGACUCUGCGUCCUGGACUGGGGGCAGGUGCGGCACCUGGCACAGCACGAGCGUUUCGCCUAUGCCAAGUUGUUCAUGGCGGCGCUGAUGGAGGACGUCCACUUGUUCGUGGAAGGUUGCGAAGCCUUGGGCUUCGCGAUGAGCGACUUAGACGGUCCUCCGGAUGCCACGGCCAUUGCCAUGAUUGGUGCGCUGCGCUUCCUCCUGCGCGACUCGCGGCCAAUCGCGCAGUCACGGGCAGAUUUCGAGCAGCUGGAGCAGGUUUUUGGCAAGCUGUCUGGCGAGACCAAGGCCAUCCAGAAAGGUGGCGAGCAGAUCGUCAAGGGCCCGCUGAUGCCGCUGACGAAGACAGUAUCUUUGCUCUUCGAAGUUUCCAGUCG